UUCUUAAUAAAUCGAAGCGAGCACCGAAUCAAAUUUACUGGACCUAGCAUCGAUUUGCCCGCACGGUUCAUUUGGGAAUGGCAUACGAUGGCUACCAUUCCAUUUCCGGUCGCAGUAAUUGCUGACCGAAAUAUCGCGGCCUCUGUACACGUGCGCUGCUCGACACUUCCGAUUGCACUUCCAUUUGCACGGAAGGUUUCUUAGAGACCCACACGAUAUUCAUCCAAUAUUCAUGCAUUUCCACCUAAGCUCUAUUUCACGUAAGAAAUAGAGAGAAAAUAAUAUUGCAAGCAAAUAGAAUAAUCGAUUCUUUUCUCGGAACUAUGAAUAGAGCUCUCAUUGAUGUUCACCGCAUAGCCCCAUACGAGAAAAAGAAAGUCGACAGCUCUUAUUUCGCAGACUUCUGCUAGCUGUGAAGCUCCUUUGUGCACCCUUCUUUUCAUCGCGAGACACGGACCAAGAAACGUCCACGAUGUCGCAUUAAAAUGUAAUACGACGCGCCGCGUGUUAAGGUUCGUUCACAAUUAGCUCGUCUGAACGAACCGCUGAUCUUAGACUUCGUACGUGACGAUCCGUAAAGCAGCGAAACCGAAACCCGAAUUUUCCUCGAUUUUGUGAAAGAACGGCGGCCGUAUAAGGAAACGCUGAUUGAAAGGGGAAUAUAUUUUUCUCCUUUGUUCUGAAGCAACUGUUCUCGGAAGCUUUAAUAUCGUUCGAAAUCACCGCUUUCAGUGAUCGUUUCAGUUCAUUUGGAGGAAGGCAGACACGCCGCGUUAUGAUCACGGAACGAUAAAGUUUUCGUGAAAAUGUUACGAAUGCUGGAGUGCUCGCGUAAGGGGGAGCGGAAAAGUUGCAUGAAAAACGACGAUAGUUGGACAAAGUUUCGACCUCCCUUUUGCCAAAGUUAUAUCCUUCUGGUCGAUACGCGCGCGUGCCUCGGCCAACUAGUAAAACUGACGCCCGAUUUUCCGGCAAAUCUGCUGUCGUUUAAAGAAAAUACUGUCAAGAUUCGUUUCAAAAAUAUUUUCAAAGCGAUUUUAUACAUUUUUCUCUUUUUUUUUUUUGUACAGCUAUCCAUCAUCGACCUGGAAUUUAUUCCCUUUUGUACAAACGUCCUCGAGAUGUCUAUCAAUUUGCUAGACAAGUCGAUCUGUGUUUAAUUUGAGCCAAAAUUCCACCUAUUUAUCAACAUAUUUCUUUAUUGGAUUUUAUAUUCUUUCGUCAUAGUCUUCGAUAAUGAAAGUAACAGACUGUGCAAACGGUAAUUAGGUGGUGUUCGUUCAGUUGCAAUAAUCUCGAAAAACGCCUUAUGGUUUACGCAAUAAGUCUCUCAAACACCUGUCAAAUACUUUUAUAAAGCAAGCCUCUCGACUAAGAACCGAUUAAACACCAAGUGAAAACAGUCGAAAUUAACGCCUCUGUUACGAUGAGGAUACCUUCAAUAUUUUUCUUCCUCUCCGCGCUUCAUUGCAUUUGUCUGUUCUCGAGUGCCAACUGCAAGGAACAAUUGAUUCGAGAUGAAAAUUCCGGGCAUCUGAAUCCAAAUCCGCAGAACUCGCUAGUCCACGGCCGAGUAAUUACCUCGAGAAAGGAACUUGUGGCGAACAACGGAGCGUUUGACAAACUUCCGACAUCUCGUUGGAAAAACUUUGGUCAGAAGUCCACCGAAGAAAUCACGUGGAAAAAUCAGCGAGUCCGCAGUUGCCUGAAGAAUAAAAACGCGACAUCCAGUGACAAACUUCGCUUGACCAUCUUUCGACAACCAGAUAUCGGCCGUGUCGAAGAAAACGGGCAACUUUUCCCUCGAAAAUCGAAUCGGAGAUCGGUGCAAUCGGCACAGACGAAAAAAGAAAAACGAGACACUCGCGAAUCCGGAUUUCCCAGGCAAGCUUUCGAUCUGAACGGCAAACUUAACCCCGAUCCGCCUGCCUUUAGUUUCUUUGUUUUGUUUUCCAGUUGGGAUGGCGGCAAGGAUCAACACUCCGGUAAGCGACAAGCGGAUGCUGAAAGUUUCCAAGAGAAAGAAGAGAGGCGAGCGAAAAAUCAUGAAGCUCGUGUUGGCAGUCAACGUGCCUUUAAUCUAUCAGGUUUAUUGCCAUUUAAAAAUGGAUUCUUGGAGAUGCCUGGUCUGCCGGGUCAACCUAUUAGGAAGAUUAUUGACUUUUUCUUUAACGCGAUUCAGCAGAAACCAAAGGACUGUGGUAAGAAUGAGAAUCAACAGUCGCAUAUCAUAGGUUGAUAAUGAAAUUAUUGGAAUACGGAGGAGACACGUUGAAGAAUACAAUGGAAAAUGCAGAAACUGCAAAGUUCGGUAUUCACAAAGCGGUGAGAGUCGGAUCAUUGUCUAUAAACUUUGACGUAGGCAAACCAUAAACUGUUAUUCGUUGCAUAUAUACGUAUUGUUAACUUAAGGAGUAGCUUGUUUGAUUAAAGAAUAAAUAGAUCGAUGAUUAUAA